AUGUCCGCCGCCGCUGGAUCCUCUCCUCCCCCUCCCCCUAGCGGCAAGUCAACCGACAAGAACACUGGCCACGGUGCCUCUUCGUACCCCAACCUCAAGAUCCCUCUAUCGGGAGACGGAAGCACUCCCCAGAAGGCUGCAUGGGCGAGCAUCAUGUUCCAGCCCCCUGGUAUCACAAAGAAUUAUAUCGUCGACGGUGUCGGACUCUUCCCACGCUACCGCCGGACCCGUGUCGAUGAGGCCCGUGAAUACGCACGCCUGGCAUAUACAAUCCUCGACGGAGAGACCUACGAGGUCAUCCCCGAGUCUCAUAUCCCUCCGGGUCCCAUUGGUAACCCCUCUAUGCCGGCCGCUGCGGGUAUCGUAGCUCAGAUGCAGGACAUUGCCGCUCAUGAGAACGCACUUGCGACGGGCUCGGGUGCGGCAACUGAUGCUUACAACGCGCUGCAAGUUCACCACGGCGACGCGUUUGUAGACGACAACGACAACACCGGCAACUCAUCGGAAGACGCUGCUGAAUCCUCUUCAGAUACAUCUGGAGAUCGCUCGGCUGGUGCCUCUUCUACAGACUAA